AUGCGCUGGCUGAGCCCGGGCGGCGCGUGGAGCGCCAACGGCGGCAUCGCAGGCGCGCCCCCGCUGAUGUGCGGGGUGCGGGUGGCGGCGGAUCACCGGCAGGGGUACGCUGUGACCUCGGACCACAGCGUGCAGCAGUACGCUGCUGGCGUGGGAUACGUGACCCUGUUCAGCGGGGUAGCGUGCGACCUGUCUUUUGACACCUGGGGCGUGCCCUGGUUUGUGGGCUGGACCGGCUCCGCCUGCCAGGGUGUGUUCUAUUACAGCCAGGCCACGGGCGCUGCCACGCAGGUCUAUUAUGGCCCGGCGCAGCAGCUGAGCGUGGGGGGCCGCGCCGCCGACGGUACCGCCGACCUGGCGGUACUGCUGUCCGACGGCACCGUGCUGCACGGCUCCGCGCCCUGCGCGGCAGCCCCCUCCACCUCUGCCCCCGUCGCCGCCGCCGCCUGA